ACUGCCGCCUCCUGGACGGACACGCCGGCUGUGCCGGGGAUGUAGUAUAAACUCGUAAGCCGUUCAAGGAUCUCGCCCAAAGCGAGGAAAGCGGCGCUCGGGCGACGGGAUGGCGAGCCGAAUGAUCUUCGCAGUUAAUACAGUCGUCCUGCUCGGGGUCUUGCUGAUACGAACUGGGACCAUGGGCCGAAGCAGGGGCACGGGGCUGUUCAGUGGGAAAGGGGACAGGGACCCCGAGGCGGAGAGCCCGUGCGAGGUGAAGACCGUCACCGUUUCCACCUUGCCCGUUCUCCGAGAGAACGAGUUCAGUUUCACCAGCGGCGGCUCGGGCAGCUUGGCCGGAGGAGUGGGAGACUCCCAGCUCCUUCUACUUGUCAGGACGGACGUGCCUGGAAAAAUCACUGUCUUGGAUGACCUGGAAAACACGGCUCUGCCGUUUUUCACCCUGGAGAUGUCAGGCACCGGUAUCGAGGUCUCGCUCGUCCACUGGAAGCAACGGUGGCUGGACAAUGGGACGCUGUAUUUUCACGUGUCCCUCAGCGGCGCCGAGCAGCUGGCCCAGGUCACGGAGCCCACGGAGCGCGAGCCGGCCCACGUCCUGCACGAGCAUGCACACCUGCUGCACGUCUCUGUCAUGGGAAGCCUGAUCGCCCUGCUGCUGCUGAUCCUGCUCUUCGCCAUGGUCCUGUACGCACGGCGGCACUGGUGUAAACGCCGUCAUGUGCCCCAGAAGAGAGGGAGCACCGAGGCGACCCACGAGAUCCACUACAUCCCGUCUGUACUGCUGGGGCCACAGGGCCGUGACGGCUACCAUAACAGCCGCCUGCAGCCGCCUGAUCCCGUCAUCAGCAUGCCCAUUCGGGAGACGCCCAUCCUGGACGAUUAUGACUGUGAGGAGGACGAGCAUCUGGGCCAACACAUCGACCGGCUGCACAACCAGCUGUGCAGCCAGGCUGCUGACUACAAGGGGGAGGAAAUUUACAGCACCAAAGUGACCCACACCAUGGAGAGAAUGUACAAGACAGAAGACAGCCAUAAACUUGGACCUGAUCAGAGAGUGGUUGACCCCAAACAAGAAACAGUGGAGACCUUGAUGCUGAAGUUCAAGGAGAGCUUCCGCACCAACACACCGGUAGAGAUCACACACUUGCAGCAGGUGACAUGCAGCUCCUACACUGGCAGGAAGAGGCGACGCAGUCACUUGAGAGGAGGACCUGUUUUUGGGCAGCCAGAGGACUCGGGAUCAGAAGCAGAUGAUGAAGCACAAAUGAAGUUCUACACUGCACACCAAAGGGGGCGCCGUCGCAGCAAAGGUGCCGUGCGCAGCCCAGUGAACAAGGCCACUCUGACAUUGCUCACCAUCAGCACGUGCAUCUUAGCUGUGGUGUACAGCAGCCAGCUGUCCUGCCCCCUCACGGUGAAGGUGAUCCUGCACGUCCCGGAGCACUUCGUCGCUGACGGGAGCAUUUUUGUGGUGAGCAUGGGGAGUUACCUUGAUGUGUCGGACUGGCUGAAUCCUGCCAAGCUGGUUCUCUACUAUCAAACCAACUCCAGCAGCCAGUGGGUUAGGGACUACUGCGGGCAGAGGACCACCGCCCCGUGUGAGCAGCUCUGUGACCCGGACACAGGUGAAUGCAGCUGUCAUGAGGGAUACUCCAUUGACCCAGUACACAAACACCUCUGUGUUCGGAGCGACUGGGGACACAACGAAGGUCCAUGGCCCUAUUCAAACCUAGAAAAGGGUUAUGACCUUGUUACAGGAGAGCAAGCUCCAGAAAAAAUAUUCCGAUCCACCUAUGGGCUUGGACAAGGGCUGUGGCUUCCAGUAAGCAAAAGCUUUGUCGUGCCUCCAGUAGAGCUGUCAAUCAAUCCUAUAGCUAGCUGCAAGACUGAUGUGCUGGUAACCGAUGACCCGGGGGACGUUCGGGAAGAGUCUAUCAGGUCCACACAUUUCGAGACAGUGGAUGACCUGCUCUCCUCCUUUGGACCAGUUCGUGACUGCUCCAAGGACAAUGGUGGCUGCAGGAAGAACUUCAAGUGCGUGUCAGAUCGGCGUCUGGACUCCUCAGGCUGCGUGUGUCCUGAAGGCUUGCGGCCUAUGAAGGAUGGCUCCGGUUGCUAUGACUACUCAAAGGGGACGGAUUGCUCCGAUGGCUUUAACGGUGGCUGUGAGCAGCUGUGCCUCCAGCAGGUUCUGCCCCUGCCUGAUGACCCCACCUCCAGCAAUGUGUACAUGUUCUGUGGGUGUGUGGAGGAGUACCGGCUGGCCCCAGACGGCCGCUCCUGCAUGAUGCAGACAGAGCUGUGUGACAGGCCCUCCUGCCAUCGACUAAACACCAUUGUGAACAGCACCCUCUUUGGGGAAAUGCUGCAUGGGUACAACAAUAAGAGCCAGCAGGUCAACCUGGGCCAGAUCUUCCAGAUGAGCUUCAGGGAUAACAACUUUAUCAAGGACUUUCCCCAGCUGGCUGAUGGCCUCAUGGUUAUUCCCCUACCUGUGGAGGAGCAAUGUCGAGGCAUGCUGUCUGAACCACAGGCCAACCUGCAUCUGCUCACAGGAGAUGCCAAAUUCAAUGAAGCCUUGGGCUAUCCCAUGGUGCAACAGUGGAGAGUACGGAGCAACUUAUACAAAGUGAAGCUUAGUUCCAUUACACUGUCUGCAGGUUUUUCCAAGGUCUUGAAGAUGCUGAACUCUGAGAGCACAAGAGAGGAGUUGCUGUCCUUCAUCGAGCAGUAUGGCACUCAUUACGUGUCUGAAGCACUCUAUGGCUCCGAACUCACGUGCACCAUUUACUUUCCCAGCAAGAAGGUCCAGCAGCAGCUCUGGCUGCAGUAUCAAAAAGAGACGACGGACGCCGGAAGCCGACGGGAGCUGAAGUCCAUGCCUUUCAUCACUUACCUGACUGGUCUCCUGGCGGCCCAGCAGCUGUCUGAGGACCACCUGGUGUCGGGGGUGGAGAUACGCUGCGACGAGAAAGGACAGUGCCCGGUGACCUGUCACCUGUGUCGCCAUUCCGGGCGAGAGCAGACUGGACCCACCCCCGUAAUGCUGGAGGUGACCCGCAUUGUGCCCCUCUACAGCCUGGUGCAGGACAACAUCACCAAAGAGGCUUUCAAAAGUGCCACAAUGAGCUCAUACUGGUGUGCAGGGAAGGGUGAUGUAAUCGAGAACUGGUGUCGCUGUGACCUGAGUGCCUUCAGCAAGGAUGGCCUGCCCAACUGCAGUCCCCUCCGGCAGCCCGUCCUGCGUCUAGCUCCUCACCUUGAGCCCUCUAGCACAAUGGUGGCCCUGGAGUGGCUGGAUGUGGAGCCUCUCAUUGGCUGCAAGGUUUCUGAUUACAUCAUACAGCAUAAGAAGGUGGAAGACCCAUCUGAAGCAGAGAUUUAUACAGGGGAGGUGCUGAGCUUUGCGGAGGACCUUUUGGCCGGCUUGGGAUCCUCCUGCGUAGUGGCUGGAAAACGCUACAGUGAUCAUCCCGCCUCCAUUCUCUACUCUCUGAUUUUCAAAUGCCUGGAACCUGACAGCCUCUACAAGUUCACGCUUCAUGCCAUAGACAGUCGGGGACGUCACUCGGAGUCCAGCUUUGUUUUCGUCCGGACAUCCUGCCCCGUGGUCGAUGAUAAUAUGGCAGAAGAGAUCGCAGACAAAGUGUACAACUUGUACAACGGCUACACCAGCGGAAAGGAGCAGCAAAUGGCAUACAACACACUGAUGGACAUUCCUCCUCCCAUGCUCUACCGGGUGCAGUACCACUACAACUCUCACUAUGAGCGUUUCGGCGACUUCGUGUGGCGGAGUGAGGAUGAGCUGGGCCCCAGGAAAGCUCAUCUUAUCCUAAGGAGGGUGGAGCACAUUAGUCGGUACUGUGGGGCCCUUCUGCAUAGUGCCUACAUCCGGAGCCGGACAGACACCGUGCCCUACGUUUUCUGUCGGAGUGAUGAGACACGACCUUCCAGCUCAGUAUGGCACAGCUCACUGCAGGAGACACGUGUGUCUUGUGUGGAGAAGAUCAUGUCCGUUCCACGCAACACUUACGCGGAGUCUAAGCUACGAUGAAAAGCCUUUGUCAUAGGUCCUUCUUCACUGGCUUCUCUUUGGAUGGUUUUCAUAAAAACUAACACGUCCAACACCUUAAUAGUGAUAAUUAAAAUGAAUGCAUAAAAUAUUCUUUUUAUAUAUUUUUUUUAAGGGAACUUGAGAAAACAAGUCCAAUGAGUUAAACUACCAUCUGUUGAAAAGAGUACAGAGGAAACAUAUGUAUUGCACAAGAAAUGCCAAUGGUUGGAGACAGAAAGCAAACGUUAUUAUUAUUAUUAUUUAUUAUUAUUAUUAUUAUUAUUAUUAUUAUUAUUAUGGUGCUUUAACUUUGUUGGCAAAGAAGAUCAACAAUGCUGAACAAAUCAAGAAAGUCACUUGGACACAUUUAAUUUUGACAGCUAACGGGAUUAUUUUGAUUUGGAACUGAUAUCAAGAUACUGUACAGUACCUGCACCAUAGCCAAUUAAAUCUUUAUUACAAAGGACUACAUAGGCAUAAUAUUAUAUAUUAAAUAAAAUUUAUUUGCCUUUUACAGUCAAAUUGACUUAUAGCAGUGAUGUUACCGCAAGAAUGCUUUUUAGAAAGCAAGUCAAAACCUCCAGUAAUCAUUUGUUCAUCUGUUUUCCUUAUUUCUUUAAAGGUCAUUAAAAUGAAUUUCAAAGUAUAUCAAUGUAUUCAACAACCUUUGGGUAAGACUGAAAACUAACUGGUCAGGGACACAUUAGCAAUUCAGGUGGGCAGUUUCUCUAAAAUAAGCAGUAGACGGAACUGAAUGACCGCAAGAUGCUAUGUUUGUUCCAGUGUCUUUUCAUUUUAAAUUGCCAAAAAUAUAGUUUAAUGUAAUCCACAAAAAUUUAUAUAUUUAGAAUAAUACAUAUAAACUGUUCAACAAGCCUGUUAUGCAAAACAUCAGUGUGUUCAAUUAUGCAAAAAAACUAAACACUACAUGACAAGUUGUAUUUUUGUCUGAAUUUGUUUUUUUUUUGUCAUAUUUGAUUGAAAAUGAUUAUCAAAUGUUAUGCAGAAAAGAAAAAAAAUAUACAUUAUGUGUGACGGAGGGUCAUGCACUUUUAAUAUUUCUGUCUAUAUUUUGUAAUAAUAAAAUCCAUAGUCCAAUACAGUAAAAGAAAUAAUGGUGCAAGGAUUAAACGAAGAAAUUAAUGCCCCAAACACACCUAAAAAAUGCAGGCCAUCAGAUCAAUGCUGAACACUAACACUACCUCCGUGUUUUGAUUUCAAUGGGCACUACUGAGUACUCUGUUUGCAGUAGGACUAAAGAUAUACACGAAAAACACAAAAUUGUCAUCAAGCUGCAGUGGCUGUACUAAGGUGAGGCAUUCCAGUCAUUUCAAUCACUUAAUAUAAUAAUGCCUUUAUUCUUUAGAUUUUUUUUUCAAUGCUGAAGAUUACGGUGAGAUAAAUUAAGCCUUUUAAAAAAAAUUAUAAAAUCAGCCAUGAUGGGAGUUUUCACCACAAAAUGAACGUGUGAGACUGGGGAUUCCUAAAUCACGAAAAGACGACAUACUUCCUCAGAUUCUCAGGUUCUAAUGUCUUCGACAUUUGGAUUAUGGGACACAGUCAUCAGCAAAAAUCUGGGAGCGUAAAAAUUCCAACAGUUUGAAUGAUGGAGGCACAGCGAAUAAAACAUUUUUAAUAUGUAACUGAAAAA